AUGACAACAUCACAAAUAGACGCAGAUAAUGAAAACCAAAUAAGCGCUGUUAUAGAUUUUUUAAAUAACAAUGAAGAAGUAAAUAUUUUAGAUACCAAAAAAGAUGAGGAAAAAGUUGAUGAUGAAAUAUCGAAGAAAGAGAAAAAAACGAAAAAAGAUAAGUUUCCUUCCAAAAAAGAAAAAAAAAGAAAGGCAAUGAAUGAAGACGAAAUUGUGGAAAGAAAUAAGAGGACAGUUUUUGUUGGAAAUGUACCAUUAAAAGAUGUGUCAAUUUCUAAAUUAUUGAAAAUUUUAAAAAUAGAAAAAUCAAUUGUAGAAACGGUACGUUUUCGAUCCUUACCUUUAGAAGAAAAAUACGCAGAUAAGAAAAGGCUGGGAGUCUUGCGUAAAAAAUUUACGGAUGUAAAGGAUAAUAAAAACGCAUUAGUGACUUUGAAGGAUGAGAAAGAUGUUCCUCUUUUACUGGAAAGAAAUGGCACGAUAUACGAAGGUUAUGUUUUAAGGGUUAAUAAAUUUGGAGAUAACAAAUCAUUCAGUAGGAAGAAAUCUAUAUGUAUUAAAAAUCUAUGCAAGAAAUUAAAUGAGAAAGACUUGUAUGAAAUUAUGAAGGGUGUGGAUACAAUAAAGGGUGUUAGAAUAUUGAGAGACACCUUAACGAGUAUGUCAACGGGUACAGCAUUUAUUUUAUUUGAGAACCGAAGUGCUGUGAAAAAGGCCAUACAACAAUUUAAUGGAUAUACAAUAAAUGACAGACAAAUUAUUGUCGAAAAAGUGCAGGACGACAAAGAGAAGAAGGGGUAUAGCCAUAAUGAAAAAAGUUCCUUCAAAAAAAAAAAUAAGGAAAAAGGGGGUAAUAAAAAUGUGAAGAAAGACUUUACAAAAAAGUUUAAUAAGUACAAAUCGAAAAAGAAAAAAUACAUGAGAAGGAGAAAAACAAAGGAACAUAAAAAUGUUGUAAAGAAUUAA